AUGCUCGGAGGGAGCUCGGAGCGAGAUUCCUUACCAUCUAACUCCACCGCGGCCACAGAAGACGCGUCCAUGUCUAUCGCAGCAGGCCAACCCGAGCCAAAUCCUGAGGCAGCGCCUCAGGGCCAGCCCGCUAAUCCUAAUGCCUCACCCCCGUCCUCCCAUGUAGAAGCUACCGGUCCGGCCCAAGCAUCAGUCGCAUCUCCCCAGGACCAAGCGGGCGUUUCCACGGCUACCUCCCCCGAUCCUCCGAAAAAGCAUCACCUCCUUCACCCCAUCUCGUCGCGUGCAUCCUUGAAAGCCGACCGUCAGUCAACGUUGGACAAAAGCCAGGAUACGGUCAACGAUGACUCCGAGAACACUCUCCGCGGAUCGAAACGAAGCAUCCUGAAAGGGCGACGAGACAGGAGCAGAGGCAGUAGCAUGCGAUCACGUCGGCAAAAUCAGGAGGGGGCAAGUAUGGAGGAGGAUAAGACAGCGACUUCCGAUUUACGUGACACUUCCAAACCGGAAAGGAAGAGCAAGGUCACCUACAGGCUAUUUGCGUUUCUCAGUUGCUGUUCGUCGUCCAACGAUGACCCGGAAGAGGCAGCUAUUCCCGCGAAGAGGACAUCCAGACGGCCAUCGGUACCCAACACUCAGCCAAUCCCGGAAAAGGCGGAUGCCAACACUGGAGACUCGAGCACGGGGGAAUCUAAGGAGCCUUGCUACUAUCGCGAUGAGAAGGCGAACAUGACCGUGACGGCGGAUCAGUCAACGUCGCAGAAAGACGAGGAACGAACAGCUAAGCCCUCGGAUCAGGGCUUGAAAUCUGAUGGCUUGGCGGCGUCGUCAGGUCAAGCUGAACUGGGUCCGGAGCCGACGCCGACCAAGGAUAAUUCUGAAGCUCGGGAUCCGGAUAUCAUCGUCGCAACUGUUGAGGGAGGCGCUGGUGUCCCAAAAGGCAUCGAAAAGACCGAGGACAACUCUUUGCAACAGGAAAAGGAGAAGUCACCAUUGCCGACAGAGCAGGCCCAGGCCCAGGAUCUCACACCGGAGACCGAUGAACUACCCCAAUCCCCGCCCGAAAACGACACGACAGACGAUCUCAAGUACGCUUCCCAUGAUGAAGAGGCUUCAACGCUAGCUCCUUCACUACCGCCCCCGCCGAUGCCUCCGAGCGAGAAACACAUAGAGACAGUGGACCCCGAUGAGCAUGGCCAGUUCCUCCUGCCUCCACCUUUACCCCACUUGCGAGACAGAAAAUGCUUGGUGCUGGAUCUGGAUGAGACGCUAGUCCACAGCAGCUUCAAGGUACUUGAACGGGCGGAUUUUACCAUACCUGUUGAGAUUGAGGGACAGUACCACAACAUUUACGUCAUUAAACGACCCGGCGUCGAUCAGUUCAUGAAAAGAGUUGGGGAACUGUAUGAAGUCGUUGUCUUCACCGCCUCUGUCUCCAAAUAUGGUGAUCCUCUGUUGGAUCAGUUGGACAUUCACAACGUCGUCCACCACCGCUUGUUCAGAGAUAGCUGCUACAACCACCAAGGCAAUUAUGUUAAGGACCUGUCUCAAGUCGGCCGUGACCUACGAGACACCAUUAUCAUUGAUAACUCUCCGACAUCCUAUAUAUUCCACCCUCAACAUGCGAUACCCAUCAGCAGCUGGUUCUCUGACGCCCACGAUAACGAGCUCCUAGAUUUAAUUCCCGUCCUCGAAGACCUUGCCGGGGCACAAGUGAAAGACGCAAUGAAAGACCGCCACGGCUGGGACGGGAAACUCCGCGUCGGCGGCACCGACCAACCCAAAGAAGCGAUCAUCACCAACCCCGAAGCUCUCGAAGAUCCCGAGUACUCCGAUUCGGAUGCGCCGCCUGUCGAGGAGAUCCAGGCUGAUGAAGAUUUGUUGGAAGAUGAGGAUGUGGAUACUGAGAGACUAUGUUUCCGCCAGAAUCAGAUCACGCGCAUCGAAUUUCCCACCAACGUCGCCAAGUCGCUGACCGAGCUCGACCUCUACGAUAACCUGAUCUCGCACAUCAAAGGGCUGGACGAGUUUGAGAACCUGACGAGUCUGGAUUUGAGCUUCAACAAGAUUAAGCACAUCAAGAACAUCGCCCAUCUGGUCAAGUUGACGGAUCUGUACUUCGUGCAGAAUAAGAUCUCUAAGAUCGAGGCCUUGGAGGGGUUGACGGUCCUCCGGAAUCUGGAGCUGGGAGCGAAUCGGAUUCGGGAAAUCGAGAAUUUGGAGACCCUACAAUCGUUGGAGGAAUUGUGGUUGGGGAAGAAUAAGAUCACGGAGAUGAAGAACCUCGACGCCCUCCAGAACCUCAAGAUCCUGUCCAUCCAAUCGAACCGCCUGACCAGCAUCACCGGCCUGUCCGCCCUCCAGAACCUCGAAGAACUCUACCUCUCGCACAACGCGAUCACGGACCUCAGCGGUCUGGAAUCCAACCUCGCGCUGCGGGUGCUGGACUUCUCCAACAACCAGGUCUCAAAACUGGAGCACCUGUCGCAUCUGAAGAACCUGGAGGAGCUGUGGGCGUCGAACAACCAGCUGGCCAGCUUCGACGAGGUGGAGCGCGAGCUGCGCGACAAGGAGAACCUGAAGACGGUGUAUUUCGAGGGCAAUCCGCUGCAGAUGCGGGCGCCGGCCUUGUAUCGCAACAAGGUGCGGUUGGCGAUCCCGCACAUCAUGCAGGUAGACGCAACAUAUCUGCGCGUUGAGUGA